UCAUGACAUGAUAUCAAAAGAGAAAGAGACAGUUUUUCGUGAAGCAUUUGUCAAAGUGGUCGACGCGACGGCCUGCGAAACAUUGUUGGUUGUUUUAUUUUCUUAAUUUUGUAUCUGCUGUAUCCUCCAGUUUUCUUAAUAAUAGCAUUAAAUUUAAUUAAAAACAAUUAUCAUCUACCAAUAGGUAGUUGAUAAGUCUUUGUCGCGUGUACUCGUCUUAUUUGUCCUCAAAGAAUAGCAGAAGAGAAAGGUACCUACAUACCUAAUUUCGGUAGAUUAUUAGUGCUGCAGUCAAAAUCCCAUACAAAUCGAAAUCACACUUAAUUCGUGAAAAAGGGUGUAGUGAUAGUGAAGUGAAGUUGAAAUUUAUUCUGAGCAUAAUUCAUAUUCAUGUACUAAAAAUUCAAAGGCAACCAAAGUUUAUUUUUUAAUUGAAAAUAUUUGUGUUGUAGAGUGUGGUGGGAGGAACAUUUUCCUCUAGUCACAAAUUCAGUUACGCGAGUUACAUACCUUAUCAUAGGGGAAAAGGAUUAUGCCAGUACACAAGUGAACCAUCAAUAUAGUGCGAUAUUUUUCGUCCAAACUAAAGCAACAUAAAAGGGCAAAUAAAUAAAUUUCAAAGACAAUUAGUUCGUAUAAAUGUCUGACGAAAUCCCGUCAGGCCGUUUGUCACAAAUAUUUGAGUCUCUGUCAUGUUUUAGUGAAUUGCAACAACGUCAAAUUAACGAUCCGACGUCUUCAUUCUUAACAGCAGUACCUAAUUCAACAACAGCUCAAUCUGUUUCACAUAAUUAUUACAUUCGCCAACCUGAUGGAUCGGGAUACUACUUAUCCAGUGGCACGCAAACUUUUCCAUCGGCCUCGUCACAAAGUCAUCAUUUGACACAGCAUCAGCAGUAUUAUCAGCAGCAGCAAAAUCGGUCACGAUGCGAUUCGCUUUCCUUAACGUCGUCCCCAUUGAUGACGAAACGGGCUACAUCAUUCAGUGGACAGAUUCCUUUAAUAAGCACACAAGGUACUCGAGUACAAAGUGCUGCAAUUGCAUCUGGAAGUGGGGUUGUUGCAACUUCUGCAGCUGCAAUUCAACAACAACAAACGUCACAAUCGACUCCGAAUAGCCCUCGGUUGAUGCCCCGUCGUUCGCAUAGGGCUCCCCCGAUACCAGCAAAACCAAAUGCCGCGUUAAUUGCAAGUCCUGCCUUAAUGGCCAUGGAUGUCGACGCUCCUUGGCCGCAAUUGUCUACUCUUACGGAUCAUUUAAAUGUACAUCAAAUAAAUAAUUAUGUACAAGGAGUACCCGAGAUAAACUGGCAAGAACGCUGCCUUGAGUUGCAAUUAGAAUUACAUCGAUCAAAAAACCAGGCUGGGCGCAUACGAGAUAUGCUGCGCGAAAAGCUUUCUGAAUUGGAGCAGAGGGUCGUUGAGGCAGAGGAGCGAGCAGAAGAAGCAGAAGAUAAGGUCCGGGCAAUGGAACAAAGGUUGAGUGAAUGGCCAAAAACACCUCACGCAAGCUCUCCAAUUCAUCAAACCCAAACUUUAUUACAACCACUACAACAAUCGCAACAAACCACCUCAAGUCUUCCCUCAACUGAUGCUGAAAAGACUAUUACCUGCUUAGAGAUAGCAGUUGAAGAACAACGACAACUUCGACUGCACGACGCUCGUCAAGUUGAAGCCAAAGCGGCUAAAAUUAAAGAGUGGGUUACAAAUAAGCUUCGUGAACUUGAAGAACAAAAUCAACACCUGCGUGAACAAAAUGUAAAGUGCAAUCAGCAGUUAGAGCUGCUUCGAAAUCACAUAGCAAACCAGCCGAACCGACAUAGUAGUAUAUUGCCCACUGGUCCGGUGCGAAAUAGCCUUAGUUUAGAUGUGCAUGACUUUGCGUCCGAUACCACUGAAAGUAGACGACGCAGUGAAUCUUUAGACCCUCAAGAAUCAAUAAGACCUCUAACUUCAAGUUAUCCCCAUCAUAAGCAUCGGAGAAAUUUAUCAAUGGAGCCACAAGAACUGGAACGUAAUUUGGUGGCGGCUGUUGAUGGCCUUAUUUUAACACCUCUUUCCGGUAGACCCAAUAGUUCAGACACUGAUACAGCUCACGAUUACGCAGAGAUUUAUACACCAUCGAGAGAAAAAUUACCAGCCUGGAUGAAAAAUAAUCCCACUUUAGUGGCGAUUGGAGGCAGUACAUCGACAACAACAACAACAAGUGAAUUGGUGGGGAUGGUAGGUACACCUAGGCCACCGACACCACCACUUCACAGAUUUCCUAGCUGGGAGGCAAAGAUCUAUCAGGUUGCCAAUGAUGGCCUUGCAGCAACAGAGGGAGAUCAUGAGGGCAAACAAUUAAAUGUUAGUAAUAGUCAAAACCAAACAGGUACGUUGGGAAGUGCAAAUGGAAGUGGUAGUAUUGGAGGUGGCGGAACACCAUCUAGAGCACAACAAACCGCUAGUGGAGGAUUCUGUGAUAUAAGUGUGCCUGUUUAUGCCACCGUAAAGGGGCGUGCUUCUCAAAUUCGGUCGAUUCCCUUUACUGGUGACUCAAGCGAUGACUCCAGUGAUGGGGAAGAACAUGCUGUUAUGAUGACUCACAACUCACACAAUUCAUCAAGUACAGACAAUACUGAAACGAGUACAUCUGGCAGUGCAUCGAGCCCGUCAAAAAGUCUGAAAACGUCGUCGAGCUUAAGUCCUGCAAAGCGGAGUGGUUCUGAGAGUCCCAAAAAUAAAACACGUGUAAUUUCAGAUAUUUCCUUUGAAUCAGGCCUAUCCGAUGAUUAUGCGAUACCUCCAGAUGCAGUCUCAGAAUCCACAUGCAUGGACGCAUCAAUGCCUUCCUUGCUAAUGCGUGCAUCCUAUGUUGAUUCGCCAAAUCGAAAACUUGAGUCCUUGGAGAAGGCUGGUCAUUUAGCUAAGCUUGGUGGUAAACUAAAAACAUGGCGAAAGCGAUGGUUCGUCCUUAAAAAUGGUUCACUUACCUAUUGGAAGAGCCAACAUGACAUUAACCGAAAACCGCAAGGACAAAUAAUUUUAGAUGAAGUCUGUAGAAUAAAUAGAGCAGAAGGGGCUUCCACAUUUGAAAUUGACACUGGGAAAAAAGUUUACUAUUUAACAGCUGACUCGAAUGCAACUAUGGAUGAUUGGAUAAGGGUGCUGCAAAAUGUGCAACGACGAAAUGCCACUAAGUUGUUACUAAGUCGUGAUGACCAAAAACCAACAGUGCAGGGCUGGGUUACGAAGGUGAAGAAUGGACAUGCGAAAAAAUGUUGGUGUGUUCUUUUGGGAAAAAUGUUCCUGUAUUUUAAGGCUCCAGGAGAAACUAACCCAUUGGGACAGAUAAAUAUGCGUGAUGCAAGAGUAGAAGAAGUAGAACACGUGUCAGAUUCGGAUUCUGAAGAACGCGAAGAUGCAGCACAGAGUCAAGCUCGUUUAACGGUUUCAAUUUAUCCAGCUCACCAGGGUCCAACUUAUUUGAUAUUACCAGGAAAACAGGAACGCGAUAAUUGGUUGUAUCAUUUGACUGUAGUAUCGGGAGGAGGUCCUAACGCUGGAACUCAGUAUGAACAACUUGUUCAGAAGUUAAUGGAGACGGACGGAGAUCCAAAUUGUGUUCUCUGGCGCCAUCCAAUAUUAUUACAUACUAAGGAUACCAUAACAUCACCACUUUCUUCCUUGCAUUCGGAAACUAUACAACCGGAAGCCAUUAAGUUAUUUAAGAGUUGCCAACUUUUUAUGUCAGUAGCAGUGAACCAACCAGGAAUCGACUACCACGUUGUUUUAGCACAAAAUGCUCUACAACACUGUCUUGAUAUUCCCGAGCUGCAAACGGAAAUGAUAUGUAUAUUAACGAAGCAAACAUCACGCCAUACUGGACAGAAAUUAAGUGUUGGCGUCCAGGUAAACAAGAAACUGGGAAAGCAAACGCGCCAACUACUACUAUGUGCCACGCAGAGUUUAUUUACGUGCGAUACACAACAAGGAGGCGCAGCUCAAGCCAACGGUAGCUCUCCUACAUCUAUUCAGGCUCCAGCUCCUCCGCCCAUUAUUGAUUGUAAAUCAAAUCCACCCGCAUACACAUUUGUUCAAGGAUGGCAACUUCUAUCAUUGGCCGUAUCUCUUUUUGUUCCAAAGUCUAGCCGCCUCCUUUGGUAUUUAAAGCUGCAUUUAUCUCGAAACGCUGACACCAAGACUGAAACUGGAAAAUACGCAGCCUACUGUGAACGUGCCUUAGAUCGAACCCUCAAAAAUGGCGGACGUGAAACUAAGCCAUCACGAAUGGAAGUCUUAUCAAUCCUUCUUAAGAAUCCAUAUCAUCAUUCCUUACCACAUGCUAUACCAGUUCACAUGAUGAAUUCUACGUACACAGUUAUAUCAUUUGAUGGAUCAACAACAAUUGAAGAAUUCCAAUCGACACUUGCUCAAGAAAUCGGUUCACGUGACUCAACAAACGGAUUCUGUUUGUUUAGCGAUGAUCCGAUUGAAAAAGACCUGGAGCACUAUUUGGAUCCACAAGCAAAGCUUUGUGAUGUUAUUUCUAAGUGGGAAACAGCUCUCCGUGAAAAAGGUUCAGGAAAGUUCGAAAACUCGAGAGUCAUUCAACUUACAUAUAAGAACAGGCUGUACUGGAAGCAUACAAUUAAGUUUGAGACUGACAAAGAGAAGCUACUGUUGUGCUAUCAGACAAACCAACAAAUUGUUCAAGGUCGUUUUCCAUUAUCCAGAGACUUGGCCCUUGAACUGUCGUCCUUGAUGUCACAGAUUGAUAUGGGGGAUUAUUCAUUGGAAAAGUCAAGGGGGUCUGGAAAUAUGAAUAAUGCUGGUCUAAAGGCUUUGGAUAAAUUUUACCCAUAUCGGUAUAGAGAUGCCAUGAGCCCAGAUCAGCUCAAAGAUAUUCAAGAUCUUCUAAUUUCCAAAUGGAUUCUAUUAAAGGGUCGUUCAACAUUAGAUUGUGUUCGAAUAUAUUUAACUUGUUGCAGAAAGUGGCCAUUUUUUGGAGCCGCAUUAUUUCAGGCGAAGCCUCGACAUUCUGAUCAAGCCAUGGCAUGGUUGGCGGUAUCUGAAGACGCUCUUAAUGUGCUUGAACUUUCCUCAAUGGCGCCUCUUGCUAGAUAUCCUUACACUUCAGUUAUGACUUUUGGCGGUUGUCAAGAUGAUUUUAUGUUAGUGGUAGGCAAUGAUGAUAAUUUAGUCACGCCUGGAAUUACUAAUGAACAAAAAUUGCUCUUUGCAAUGAGCAAGCCAAAAAUUCUGGAAAUCACACUUUUGAUUGCUGAUUACAUGAAUGCCCUAGGUCACACUCUUCCCGGAACACCUCAAAUGAACACUCUUACAAGAAAUGGCUCUCAUCGUUCACUUCGAUCUCGGCCUUUACCUGGAGCUUGCAUCGCAGCCGGUGGUGGAACAUCAACAAAUGCCACAACAACAGCACAUAAUACUCUAAACUCUCACGCUACCCAUACUUUAAGUUCUAAUCACUCGCAUACAUUGAAUUCGCACUACAGUGGAAUGGGUGGUCACACUGGGGGUAGUCAUCAAAAUACAAUGAGUUCCUCACAUGGGGGUCAACCGGAUAUACUCAAGAGCACACCAGAUCACCAGAGGCUUCAGAAAUAAAAAAGACAAACCAAUUUGUUGAAUUUUCAAAAUAACUAACAUUGUUUAUGUUUACUUUGUCGCCAUCACUUUACUUGUAUUUCUGAGUUGCAUUCCAGAAACAUAUUUUAUUUACAAAAAUAACUGAUUUAAAAAAAUUACUUUGGGACUGUUAUUUAAAAAUGCUAUAAAAACUUAAUCAAUUUUAUCAUAUUUAAGCAAUUAAUUCCUUUUAAAAACACCAAUAUCAAAGUAAACCGAUUCAUGAAAU